AUGAGAAGACGAUAUAGUCACAACAAGCUAAUAGAGCCAAUUCGAAUUCGAAAUCGGUUUUCUUACAGCAAACCUAAUGAGACAACAGAUUCUGACGAGAGAGUGGCAAUUCGUUCGCCUGUACGUUCACCUGAUAAUGAUAACGAUGACAUGGACUUUCAGUAUGAUCAUAAAGAUGAUUUAAGUUUUCAUGACAUUAAUGAUGACGAUAAUGCAUAUGGAUCAAUUAAUCCUCAAGACUACAAUGAUGAGAUGAUAUUUUCGCAAGAUAAUGUCAAUUCAUCUGAUACUGAAGAGGAAGAAGAAAGUGAUAACGAAUACAAUUAUGAAGAGGAGGAAGAGGAGGAAGAUAAUAAUGAAAACAAUGACGAAGAGGAGGAGGAUGAAGGUAAUAAUGAUGAUAAUAAUAAUCAAGUGGAAGAGGAACGUAAUAACGAUGAAGAGGAACGUAAUUACGAUGAAGAGGAACGUAAUAACGAUGAAGAGGAACGUAAUAACGAUGAAGAGGAACGUAAUAACGAAGAGGAAGAAAUACAUCAAAUCGUUGAAGCGUUAGAUGAAGACAAGAUACCGUUCUGCAAUGGUCAAUUUGCACCGUACUUUGAUAAUUAUACAACUACGGCAUUAUUUUGCUGGCUUCAGAAACAUAAUGUUUCUACGAAAGCAUAUGAAGAUCUUGUCGAUAUCAUUCACAAUUCUCAAUUUGAACCUACCCAUGUGGUAAAAAAUAUCCGAAGAUUCCAAUCAUGGAGAAAACGUCUUCCUCUCCUACCAAUAAUAACAAAGUCUAUUAAAAUUUCACCAAAAAAAACUCCAUCAACCUCACGAGGAUCAAAACCUUCGUAUCAACUCUCAAUUAGUGAAAUUAUAUGGCGUGUUCUUAAUAAUCCGAUGCUAAUGAAGCAUAUGUAUUUUGGACCCGGCAUUAAUUCUGAAGAAAAAUCAGAAUUUUGGCAUGGAAAUUUAUGGGGGAAAUCCCCACUUUUUGGACAACACGAAAUAUUAAUAUCAGAAGUAUUGUACCGAUCUGGUGAUUUUGUUUACUAUCAUGAUGAUAAUGGUCUAAAAAAACUUGGAAGAUUAAGAUCAAUUUUAAAAAAUCAUGAUGGAUAUUAUCAGUUACGAAUUCAAAAAAUUUUGGAAUAUAGUGAUUUACCCGGAAAUUUAAAAGGGUUACCAAGACAACGUCGUUCUAUUACCGGUGAAGUAUGGUUACAAGACGAACCAUUUUUAAUUAUAAUGACUUCUCAAAUUUUAGAAAAAGUAACUAUAUUGAUGAUGUUUCAACAUCAAAAUAUUCCUGAUGGUUCAUUGCGGAUUAGUGAAAUAAUUUAUAAAUGUAAUGACCGUUGGCACGUUCGUAAUGUAAAGCUUUCAUACCUACAUCCAUCUGAUUACAUUUCUAUUAGAAAUCCACCAUCAUCAUCUAUGCCAAUCUAUAAGCUGUUUUUAGAUCUUUAUUAUGAUGAUUUUGGUACAUUUAGAAAUGUAUACCAUUCUCUAGGUGGUGUUUAUGUACAGUUUGGAAAUAUGCCAGCACAUCAAAGAAAGCUAAUAAAGAACCAUUUUGUUAUUGGGUUUAUCCCAUUUGGAGGAAAAUUUGACGAAUUUAUGAUACCAUUCAUUUCAGAAAUGAAGGAAUUAGAGAAAGGAAAGGUGAUGACUGUCCAAGGACAAGAUGCAUGGAUAAUUGCUGGUUUAGGCGUUGUUACGGCAGAUUUACCUCAAGGUAACGAUAUGACAGGAGUACUAAGACAUAAUGCAAAUAAGGGUUGUCGUACUUGUAAAACUACUAAAGAAUCAUUGAGUGCUCACAAUCAGGAUAUCGUAAUAACAUUACGUUAUCAUCAUAUUACAGACGAAGAAAUCUUAAAAAUUUCUCAUGAGACUAUAAUGUCAAGAAGAGAUCAACUUUGUACGGAAUAUGGUUUACGAUCAUUACCUAGUAUUUUAGAUAAAUUAAAAAGGGAAAGACAUUUACAGACGCCGCAGGAUGUUUAUCAUGCGACUGCAGGAAAGAUUGGGCGGCUACUAAAAUUAACUUGUGAAUUAUUUUCACGAGAAGGAGAAGAUAAUUUUAUCGAAAUUUGGAAAAAUUUUGAAAUCCCAAAAAGAUGGUCUCGCUUACCAAAUCCGAUUACUCACUACAAUAGUUUUAUGAUGUCGGAUUUACUUAGAUUAGCUAUGAUUAUGCCAUUUUUGUUAAACCAGUUUUUAAAAGAAUCAAGUAUCAAACGUAAUGAAACAGCCAUGAUUCAACAAAGAAUUGAUGCAUUUCGAGUUAGUUCAGUUCCAAAAAUUAUUAUAUCUUGUUGGAUACAUGUUGCAAAAACUAUGAAAGCGGUUUUUAACAAGAAAUUUACAUCAGAUAGCUAUGAGGAAUUGCAACAAUGUCUUGAAGAAGAGUUUUCAAUCCUUCCAAAGGUUUUUGUAAAUUUUGUUAAUUUACCAAACAUACACGUUAAUAUGCAUCUUUUGAUGCAUGCUAAAACCUUUGGAACACUUAUUAAUACCCAAGUUGGUAUAAAAGAAAUGGUCCAUCGUAUUUUUAAGGGGAUGGUACCAAAAACUAAUUGCAAAAACAUAGAUUUAGAUUUAUUAAAGCGUUACAAUACUUUAUUUGCAAUUCGACAUUUAGCAGAUGGUGGUAUUGAUCCAAGAUUUAAUAGAUCUUGUACUGGAUUUACAAAUUCAAAUUUUGGACAAUUAUUUUUAAAUUGGUAUGUUACAGAAGAUAAAUAUUCAACUGAAGCAACUGAACAAGUUCAAGACGAUGAUGAUGAUACAAAAAUUAUAUCUCCAGUAAACUUUAUUUCCAAUAUUUCAUUAAAAAAAAGAAUGCCAAAGCAGGAACGUGAUAAACUUCUUUUAACUUUACAUAAUUUUAAAACUGAAUUGUUUUUAUCUUAUGUGGAUAUGAAGUUUGAGGCGGCACUUAUAAACUCUUCAAUUAGUUGGUACAAAUUUGCAUCAUAUAUGAUUGAAGAAGAAAAUGGUAUCCUUUCAAAAGUUCACCUACAUCUCGAUGAUUUUAUCACAAUUUAUGAAGAAGAUCAUGAAGAAUCUUAUGCAAUAAUCAAAGGUAUCUUUCAACAUAAGGGUAACAAUAACAAAUAUUAUGCAUUUAUUGUUGUAGAUUGGUUUGAAGAUACUAUGGUUGAACAUUCAGUAUUAAAAUGUCCACUUUACCGUCUCCAAGCAACGGGAGAUAAAUGGAGACGUAUUUUUCCAAUUACUGUAAUAGAUAAUGUUCAAAAAGUACAUUUUAUUCAUAAUUGUAAUUCAGAAAGGUGCCAACUACCAAAUCAUGAUACUACAAAUAGAAUUUGGAUAAAAAAUAAUUUUUAUUUUACAGCCAUAUAA